GAGACCAUUUCGCGUCUAAUUAUUGCACAUCAGUCCCACCUCAGACCUUCUAAUCCUACUUUGCCCUAAUUAGCGCCACACUUAUCAUCAUUUGCCCCCCUUACUUUUCCCUCCCGUUUCCCUCAGUUGGAGGUUGUACACUGCGCUACAAAUAUUUGUACAGUCGCUCACUCACAUUAGAGAAAUUGACAAAAAUACCCCACGCCCUCAUCCCUGCAUAACUGUGUUCUUGUGUGUGCGCCUGCGCCUCCUUGUGUGGCUCUCUAUAUAUAUUGAGAGGUACACACCUUCAGUGUGUGCGCUGCUGUGUGUGAGAGAGACAUACAGACAUUUUAGAAACAGAGAGAAAGAGAGCGAGAGCGUGUGUGUGUGAGCACUAUCGCUAUAAACAUCUGCAAAAUUACACAAUUCCAAAACCCUAGUCUUUCAUCGAGCAGCGGCGGCGGAGGCGGUUGGAAGAUGGAUGCUCAAUUGGCGGCGAUUUUGGGGGCGGACCCGGCGCCGUUCGAGACUCUCAUCUCCCACUUGAUGUCAUCGGCCAACGAACAGCGAUCCCAGGCCGAGUCAAUCUUCAAUCUGAUCAAGCAGAACGAUCCCAAUUCGCUCGCCCUCAAACUCGCCCAACUUAUCUCAUCCUCUGUGCACCCUGAGGCCCGUGCCAUGGCCACCAUCCUUCUCCGUAAGCAGCUUAGUCGGGACGACUCCUACAUCUGGCCACAACUCACCGAGUCGACUCGUUCCUCCAUUAAGAGUACCCUGCUGUCCGCAAUCCAGAACGAGGAGUCCAAAUCUAUAAUAAAAAAACUCUGCGACACCAUCUCCGAGCUCGCUUCCUCGUUGUUACCCGAAAAUCAGUGGCCUGAACUAUUGCCCUUCAUGUUUCAGUGUGUGACUUCCAGUUCGCCUAAAUUGCAGGAGUCUGCCUUCUUGAUAUUCUCCCAGUUAGCCCAAUUUAUUGGAGCAAUAUUGCUCCCAUACAUAACCGAUUUACACACUGUGUUUCUGAACGUGCUGAAUAGCUCUCCCAAUCCGGAUGUAAAGAUAGCAGCGCUGAGUGCCGUUAUCAAUUUUAUCCAGUGUUUGUCAAGCUCGAAUGACCGCGAUAGGUUCCAGGAUUUGCUGCCUUCAAUGAUGAGGACGUUGACCGAGGCACUGAACUCGGGACAGGAGGUUACUGCACAGGAGGCUUUAGAAUUGCUGAUUGAAUUGGCUGGGACAGAACCUAGGUUCCUGCGGAGGCAGAUUGUGGAUGUUGUUGGGUCCAUGCUGCAGAUAGCAGAGGCCGAUAGCCUGGAGGAGGGCACAAGGCAUUUGGCAAUUGAGUUUGUAAUUACAUUAGCUGAAGCACGAGAAAGGGCGCCUGGAAUGAUGCGCAAGUUGCCACAGUUCAUUAGCAGGCUUUUUGCGAAUUUAUUGAAGAUGCUUUUGGAUGUGGAAGAUGAUCCCGCCUGGCACAGUGCAGAGGCUAAGGACGAGGAUGCUGGGGAGACCGGUAAUUACAGUGUGGGGCAGGAGUGUUUGGACAGGCUUGCAAUGGCUCUGGGUGGGAAUACAAUUGUUCCUGUGGCAUCUGAGCAGCUUGCUGCUUUUUUGUCGGCUCCUGAGUGGCAGAAGCAUCACGCUGCCCUUAUUGCACUUGCACAAAUAGCGGAAGGUUGUUCUAAGGUAAUGAUUAAAAAUUUGGAGCAUGUUGUGAACAUGGUUUUGAACUCCUUUCAACAUCCUCAUCCACGUGUGAGAUGGUCAGCUAUUAAUGCAAUUGGUCAGCUAUCGACCGACUUGGGUCCAGAAUUGCAAGUUCAGUACCAUCAACGUGUGCUGCCGGCUCUUGUUGCAGCUAUGGAUGAUUUCCAGAAUCCUCGAGUUCAGGCUCAUGCAGCUUCGGCAAUCCUUAACUUCAGUGAGAACUGUACCCCAGAAAUUUUGACUCCUUACUUAGAUGGGACGGUGCAGAAGCUGCUUGUACUUCUACAGAACUCCAAACAAAUGGUGCAAGAGGGUGCCUUAACCGCUUUAGCUUCAGUUGCUGAUUCAUCACAGGAACAUUUCCAAAAGUACUAUGAUGCUGUCAUGCCUUAUCUGAAAGCAAUCUUGGUUAAUGCGACAGACAAGUCUAACCGCAUGCUUCGCGCGAAAGCUAUGGAAUGCAUCAGCCUAGUUGGUAUGGCAGUUGGGAAGGAGAAAUUCAAGAAUGAUGCUAAGCAGUUGUAUCUACAUUCUUUAAAGUCCGUACUUCCUGUGUUGACUAGAUUUAUACCAUAUUCUUAUUCAUCCUUUUGCCUAACUCAGUUGCUUCAGGUGAUGGAAGUGCUUAUGUCAUUGCAAGGAUCACAAAUGGAGACCGAUGAUCCAACUACGAGUUACAUGCUACAGGCCUGGGCUCGACUUUGCAAAUGUUUAGGGCAGGAUUUUCUUCCUUACAUGAGUGUAGUUAUGCCUCCUUUGCUUCAGUCUGCUCAGCUAAAGCCUGAUGUGAUCAUUACAUCUGCCGAUUCAGAUGAUGAAAUUGAUGAGUCAGAUGAUGAAAGCAUGGAGAUCAUAACCCUAGGCGAUAAAAGAAUUGGCAUUAAAACUAGUGUCCUAGAAGAAAAGGCCACUGCCUGCAAUAUGCUGUGUUGCUAUGCUGAUGAAUUGAAGGAAGGUUUUUUCCCAUGGAUUGAUCAGGUAGCCCCAAUACUGGUUCCACUGUUGAAGUUUUAUUUCCAUGAAGAAGUCAGGAAGGCUGCUGUUUCAGCAAUGCCUGAGCUUCUGCGUUCUGCAAAAUUGGCCGUGGAAAAAGGGAUUGCUCAGGGCUUUAAUGAGCAAUAUGUUAAGCAGUUGUGUGAUUACAUAGUUGGUCCUUUAGUUGAAGCUUUACACAAGGAACCCGAUACAGAGAUAUGUGCAAAUAUGUUGGAUUCUAUGAACGAAUGUGUGCAGAUUUGUGGACCACUUUUAGACGAGAGUCAGGUCAGAAGAAUUGUGGAUGAGAUAAAACAGGUGAUCACUGCUAGCUCAAGUAGGAAAAAGGAAAGGGCCGAAAGAGCCACAGUUGAAGAUUUUGAUGCUGAGGAGGGAGAACUGCUUAAAGAAGAAAAUGAGCAAGAGGAAGAAGUAUUUGACCAGAUUGGCGAAUUAUUGGGAACCUUAAUUAAAACAUUCAAGGGUUCGUUCUUGCCUUUCUUUGAUGAGCUGACAUCAUAUCUGAUGCCUAUGUGGGGGAAGGAUAAGACAGCGGAAGAGAGAAGAAUUGCUAUUUGUAUAUUUGAUGAUGUAGCUGAACAGUGCCGUGAAGCAGCUCUGAAGUAUUAUGAUACAUAUCUUCCUUUCCUCUUUGAGGCUUGCAAUGAUGAAAAUCCAGAUGUCAGACAGGCUGCCGUGUAUGGACUUGGAGUAUGUGCAGAAUUUGGAGGCUCUGUAUUUAAACCACUUGUAGGAGAGGCUCUUUCAAGGCUUAAUGUGGUUAUCAGGAACCCAAAUGCUUUGCAGCCAGAAAAUGUGAUGGCAUAUGAUAACGCUGUUUCUGCUCUGGGAAAGAUUUGCCAAUUUCAUCGUGACAGCAUUGAUUCAGCUCAGGUUGUUCCUGCCUGGCUGAGUUGCUUGCCAAUAAAGGGUGAUCUUAUCGAGGCAAAAGUUGUUCAUGACCUGCUUUGUUCAAUGGUAGAGAGGUCUGAUGGUGAACUUUUGGGCCCCAAUAACCAGUAUCUCCCCAAAAUUGUUUCCGUGUUUGCUGAGGUUCUGUGUGCUGGUAAGGAUCUUGCCUCGGAUGAAACUGCUGGUCGAAUGGUUAAUUUGUUGAGACAGCUACAGCAGACGCUACCUCCUUCCACGCUGGCGUCCACUUGGUCGUCCUUGCAACCUCAGCAGCAGCUUGCUUUGCAGUCAAUUCUGUCAUCACAGGGCUGAUUUGAUGUCAACUAUUGCUUUUCAUGAGGUUUCUGAGUAUUGUGUGUGGUCGUUUGUUCCUGGGUGAGCUUUCUUCUUAAGCCAAUUCUUUUUCCGAACGUUGACAACAUAUUGGUUUAUGCAUGCCAGCCUCAUUUGGUCGAGUGUGGAUACAUUUUGCAGAUGAUUUUAUAGAAAAUGUAUAUUAUUGCUUCCAAAAUCACAAGGAAAGUAAUAUACUUAUUUAUUCUUCUUUCUUGUUUGUUUGGGGUGGGCUGGUGGGGUGUGGGAAGUUAACUUUUAUUUGUGAGAUUUUGUUUUGUCGGUUGUGUGUGAUAUUUGGGAGUUGUUGGAUGCAAUUCCUUUCAGUUUUGGUCUUGUGAUGAUAUCAUACCGGAGAUUUGUUUGUUAUAGACAUGGUUAUGUAUUUGGUUUAUUUGUUAAACAUAAAUGGAAUUUUUGGUCUUUACAUGGAAUUUUUGUGUGUCAAACCGCUGUACCUUUUACUCACAUGUCAAAUUUAGG